CACCACGCCACAUCUCGCGGAUGGAUAAUGGGGCGGGAAGCGGAAGUCUUUUCGUGUAGAGUAGGAUUUUGCUAUAGAAGAAGUAGCCCUCAGGGACCAAUUGAAGUUACCUAUAUAGAGCACACUGCCACAAGAAGCAACCAUGCCUGUGGAAGGAGGGAAAACAGAUAUGGAGAGGAUUGGGCUCUUCAGUGAGAUGGAAUAUGUCACUGUUGGUGAUAAAUAUGUGUCACAAUUUAAUCGACCCUUUAAUGAAGCUGCAAGCAAAAAUAGACAGAUGCUACCUGCGGGAUCCAAAGAAAUGUCACAUCUCUAGGCAGGUUAUUUUGAUCCCCAUUUUGUAAGGAUUUUUGAAGGUGAAGGCUACGUAAACCUGAAUCAAGUGAGGAGACGGCAUAUGAUGGAAGAAGCCAAAAAAAAUCUAGGCAAAGCAUUCCUCCCUAGUAAUGGAGAUAAGAAGCUAUGUGGAUUAGGAAGUUACUAUGGAACAAUAGGUAGACCAGUCCCAUUUUUCAGUGCACAAUCAAAACCCAAAGAAAAAUAUGAGCCACCUGGAAAGAAUUUGUACACAAACCCAGGAAAGAAAGGAACUGGAUAUGGCUAUGCAAAUGUUACCAUAGGUAAGCAGUUUUCACACUCUGCUGAUUUCUAUGAUGCAGCAAAACUAAAUGACAAGAAAGAGAAUGAAGAACACCAUCGUUUACUUAAAGGGACACCUUUCAAAUUAAAUCUUUACCCAAGGGAAUAUUUUGAUACCAAUCCUUAUUUGUUUGAGAAACCUUUACCACCAAUUAAAAAAGCAGAGAAGAAAGAAGCACUUGCAAACCCUUUUAAGCCCUCUUCUCCUGGUAAAAAGGCUGGUGGAAUGAAGGCAGGAACAUUUGAUUCUUACCCUUCACAUUCUGCUGACCCUUAUGGGGUUAAAUUGACAAGCCAUAUUUCCAGAAAAGGUGCUAAGGUUUUCCAUCCACCAGGUGGACCAAAAAGCAGACCAACUGAAAGUAUAAUGACUUUGAAUGUCAAAAGGGCACUAAAUAUGAAGAACUACAAGACUGCUUCAGUACAGUCCUAUUAGCAUCUGGAAGACAAAUAGCCGUAUAGGUCCCGACUACCAAAAAUUCAUUAUCAAGUGCUCAUUAUUUGAAAAAAUAUAAGAU